AUGGAGUCCCGCACUUUUGUCUUCGUCAAGACCGACAGUCGGGGCAAGACUAAGAAGUCUGAUCGGAAGCUCAUACGCAGCCAAUGCAUGCACGGAAAGAACUACAGAAUUGGAGUCCGGCCCGUCGGUGCCUCUCCACCGGGAUCUAAAGAUGCCGGAGCUGCUGCCAGUCAGGAACGAGCUCGAAUCCCGUUUCGGCAACAAGCCAUUGUGCAACGGCCCCCGUCCACAAGUAGUAAUCGAGAAGAAGACAGACCGGAGGAACUGUACCGAAAUAUAGCUCAGCUGCACCUCCCAGAGAACCCUCAUCCGAGUUUGACCGACACGUCAAAUGAUCAGACACGGUUGCAUCUCCUUCGCUUUAUGGUUUCAGCAAGCCAAUUCGUUUAUCCCUCGGACUUGAGCAUCGACUUCAACCUUGGGAAAAGCAACGCCUUCAAGUGGAUUCUUGAGGACAGCUUGUAUAUCCAUUUCAUCUUGUUCUUCAGCUCAGCCCUCAACAAUGCCUUUGGCAGACCCAUGGGCGCGUUCGACAAGAACACAUACCAUCACUUCGGCCUGACAAUCACUACUCUCAACCAGAAGCUGGCUCGCUCCGAGCUCGAGGACUCCACCAUCGCCGUCGUGAGCUCCCUGGUCGUUGUGUCCGCCAUGCUCACGGAUUACAUUGCCGCCAGAGCCCACUUUGUCGGCCUGCAGCAGAUAGUUCGGCUUCGCGGCGGUCUCGAAUCUUUCCGCCACAACUUGCCGCUGUAUAUCAAACUACUCCGCGUUGAUCUCGCCUAUACUCUCCACACAGGGCAGCCACCGCUGUUUAUUGAUGCAAACUCGGGGCCCCCUACCGAUUCACUAGCCGAAAGCGUGGCGAUCGCACCCUGCGUCGAAUGCGACGUACAGCUUCCACCGGUGAUCAAGACCUUCCUCGACGACGACAGAGUCGCAUCCGUCUUUGUCGACCUCCAGCGGCUGUCGUGCAACCUCAACCACCGACACCGCCUACAAGGACUGGAUCUCAAGCUCGCCAUAUGCUCAGUCCAGCACCGCCUCCUGAUGCUCGACGGCAAUACCGAGGGCCACAUGGCCGAGACCCUGCGCCUUGCCAUGCUUGUGUUCCUGACCACGACCUUCGAGAUGCCCGAGAAGACCGGGCAGCGCUAUCCGUUCCUGACAAGGAGGUUCCAGGAGAGCUGCUGCGCCCUCAUAGCCCGGGCCGCGGCGUCCGAGGUCUGGAACGACCUGCUGCUGUGGCUCCUGGCCGUCGGCGGCAUGGCGCUGCUCGGCCCGGACGAGGCCUGGCUGCGGAGGGAGUGGCGGAAAGUGAUGCCGGCCGGGGAGGAGUGGCCGCUGGUGCGGAGGAGGCUGAAGCGCUUCCUGUGGAUUGACGCGCUGCACGACAAGAUCGGCAGAGACCUCUUUCAUGUCUACGCGCAGGACGAUGGAGACGAGGCCGUGAAGCUGCCCAGGACUGGGGCGUGGUGGCUGAGCGGUUGGGGCAUGUGUCCCCUUGAAUUUUGA